AUGGACCCUGAGAGAGAGCGGCCGCGGUUGCCUUAUGCAGGGAUUCGCAUCCUUGAGAAGGCCUGUUGGUUGACGGGCCGACUGGCAGGCUUACUUUUUGCAGACCAGGGUGCAGAAGUCCUGGUGUUGGAGUGCGAUGUCAAUGACAGCACUGAUGUGGACCCCUACUUGAACCGCAACAAGAUCACCGCUUCCUCCAUGGAUGCCAUCUCGAUGUCAUCCAUCGACAUCAUUAUUGUGGAUGGCGACGAUAACUCCUUCCAACGUUUGCCCCAUCAAAUCUUGUUGCGUACUGUAGUCGCUUUGCCCGGUGAUCCAGUCUUCGGACAUCUGUCGCAUGAUAUUGACGAGGAUUAUUUGAGCGCUUUGACGGGUUUCUUCACAAACAUGGAUAUGAUGGGUUGGUUGGACCGUCCAGCGACCUACACACCGCUGAAGUUGUGCUCCAUCUAUGCGGCCGUGAUCGGUGCAAAUGCUUGCGCAGCGGCCUUGGUGGACCGUUUGCGGUGCGGCAAGGGAAGGGAAAUCCAUGCCUCGCGCCUGGCAGCAGGCCUCUCUGCCAUCGGCGCGCUCUGCCUCAAGCAGACAGGACUCCCAAAACACUUGGACGCAGUCAGCAUCUCGCAUCAUCGGAGCGGCUUACCUGCCGAUCUCCUCAAAAAAUACAAGCAAGCUGCCAUAGCGGAUCCGGGCAAGCAGGUCUGGUUGUUCCAGCGUUUGUACCCUUUCAUGGCACCGUACCGAUGUAAGGAUGGCAAUUUUAUUUUGCCAAUGGCAACCUUCAAUCGACGGCUUGCCGUUGGGUUCUGCAGGCAUCUCGGGUUUGUGGAUGCUGUCGAAGCUGCCGGUAUAGUUGACAAGGAUCCGUAUGAUCCCACGAAUAUGCCUUUUGACGAAUGCAACUUGGCGCUUCCAAUGGGGCUCGACUUCCAGAAAUCUUCCAAAUGCGCGGAGUUGUUUGCGUCAAAAUUUAUGGAAAAAACGGCCAAGGAGUGGGAAGAGGAGUUCGAAACCGCAGGUCUUCCGUGUGCUGAGAUUCAAAGUUUCCAAGACUGGAUGCAGGACAAAGAUGCUCGGAUGGCCCGUAUCGUGGCUGAUGUCGAAGGCUUGCCGGAGGCCCAGUUGGGACGGACAGCUUGGCUCAAGUCCGCAGGCGACUACCCAGCUUUGAGGAAGAUGGAGCGCAACAAGAAGGUGGAAUUUACAGGGCACCCGUCUCCUGCAGACGCAGCAGGCUCACAGCCAAAGCCAAGGCCUUUGGACGGCUAUGUCGUUGUAGACUUUGCCAAUGUCAUCGCCGGACCAGCGGCCGGUCGGAUGUUUGGUGAGCUCGGAGCGACUGUCUACAAGGUUGGCCCUGGCCUUCCACAGCACGCGCCCAUGGUGAUGAUGGUCUGGCAGGCUGAGCUGCACCAAGGCAAGAAGUCCAUCAUCAUCAACCACAAGAAGGAGGGUGCCCAAGAAAUUGUCAGGCGCUUGGUGGCCCGAGCCGACAUUGUCCUCAUAAAUAAGAUGGACGACCAGCUCCAGAGCCUGGGUCUGGAUCGGGAGACCCUGGAUAAAGUCAACCGGCGGACGAUCCUGUUGCAGCUGAAAGCGCACUCGGGAGAGAAGCCAUCGGCACGUUCAAAUUGGACUGGCUACGACCCAGCAUUGCAAGGCAAGGUCGGGCUUAUGACUCGCUUUGGGCCUCCGGGGUGCCCGAACUUCCAUGGGGUAGCCUCGUGUGUGGACUACCUCACCGGGUACAUGGCUACUUUCGCUGGCGUCGCAGCACUCUACUCUCGGGAGGUGCGGCAAAGUGCACAAGGUGAUUGGGCGUCCACGUCAUUAGCUGUCUGCGCAUCACUCACUCAGUUCACCUUGCAAAAGCACGAGCCACCAGCAUCAGCCUUAGGUGCAUCGGCAUCAGGCAUGACAUCCCACAGCCGUAUCUUCAAGGUCAAAGGAGGGAAGUCGAUCUAUGGACAGGCAGACCCUGCGAAAGCUGACGCAGAUGCUUUGGCCGCCACCCUCGCCAGCAUGGACGUGGAGCAGGCACUUGCACACUUCAAGAGCUCCCUGAAGAGCUUGGCAGUUCCCGUGCAGACUUGCGGGGAGAUGGCCGCCUUGUGUUCUGAUGGCCAAAGCACAACGGCACAUUUCAAGAGAAAGGAUGCCGGCCAGGGCUGGGUCGUCGAGACCUGGGAGCCGACUUGGUUCUGCUUUGACGGCCGCCCAGUCUCAACAUUAUGGGCACCCACGCGGGCGGGCUCGGAUGCACCACAGGUGCUAGCGGAGCUGGGCUAUUCGACAGAGGAGGUCUCUGCCUUGAAGAAGUCUGGCGCAGUGGUCCCCACCAAUUGGUACAAGUGGGAGGAAGAGAUGGAGACGGAGCCUGCUGGAGGCUUGAAGAGAAAGGAGAGAGCGUAG